AUGGAUCAGGGCACAGUACAGAAGAGGAACAGGCAAGGGACCAAAGGCAGUGCUACCCAGGUGCACCCAGCAUGCGACAUGUGUUUCACCACUCUGCUGGGCAUUUCACAGCCCAAUGAAGUCCACCUAUCAGGAUUGACGGUCACGGCCCCACUCACCCAGGGCCACCAAGAGAAGCCUGGGAGCAAAGGGUUCCAAGAAGGAGACAGGGCUGCCGGAGGAGGGGGCGCCAUGCUGCGGCUGGUCGUGGAGUCUGCCCGGAUUGAGCCGCCCCUGAGCCCCCCGCCCAGACCCUGCCUGACUGUCUACUUCAGAGAUAUCAAGAAGAGAACUCGUGUCGUGGAAGGGAAUGACCCCACGUGGAACGAGACUCUCAUCUGGCACCUCUGGAGCCGCCCCCUGGAAAAUGACUCCUUCCUGCAAAUCAUCCUUCGGGACAUGGUCCCAAAAAAGACAGAAAGGUUCAUUGGCCUGGCCACGGUCCUGCUCAAGCCAUUGGUGCAAAAGCCCAGGAAGGUCCUUUUCGUGAAGGACCUGACUCUGCUCAACCAUGCCAUGAUGCCCACAGAUAGCACUGUCAACCUGCAGGUGGCCCAUGUGACCCACUGGGACAGUGAGAAGACAGGCGGUGGAGACCCUUUGGGCAUAACCACAAAGGAGGCGGUCCAGCAGAAGUUUCCGAUCCCCGGCUCCACAGGGAUGCCCAGGAUUCUGUCCUCCAAGCCUCAGCACUUUCAGGUUCGGGUGAAGGUGUUUGAAGCCCGGCAGCUCAUGGGUAACAACAUCCAACCAGUGGUGAAGGUGACCAUCGCAGGCCAGCAGUACCACACGCGGAUCAAGAUGGGAAAUAACCCUUUCUUCAAUGAGAUCUUCUUCCAAAAUUUCUAUGAGGUCCCUGCGAAGUUCUUCGAAGAGAUCAUCAUAGUCCAGGUGCUGAACUCCUCUGCUAUGAGAUCCAAAGCAGAGAUUGGGAGAUUCCAGACAGACGUCGGGUUCGUCUACCAUUCUCCAGGCCACACUCUCCUGAGGAAAUGGCUAGGCCUCUGCCUGCUGAACGAACCCGGCAGUGGAGUGAGAGGCUACGUGAAAGUCACCAUCUGCGUCCUCGGUGUCGGAGACCAGGCCCUGGUGGAUCAAAAGCUGCUGUACGGAGCUGACACAGACGUCGAGGUUAUCAAGUCCGCGGCCGUGCAGACGACCAUGGCUUACCUGCAGCUCUUUAUCUACUGUGCUGAGGACCUGCACCUCAGGACACAGCAGCCAGCCAGUGCAGCGUUGGAGGUGGAGCUGAUCGGGGAGAAGCUCAGGACAAAGGUGCGACACCAAACUGACAAUCCAAUAUGGAACCAGGUCCUGACCUUCCAGAUCCAGCUGCCCUGCCUCUCUAGCUACAUCAAGUUGCGAGCCCUGAACUGCGCCAGGAACGACUGCCUAGAGGAGAUUGGCGCAGCCAGCCUGUCCCUCAGCCACAUCUCCUCCACUGGAGAGGAGAUUGAAGGACUCUACUCCGGUUUCCUGCCCUGCUUCGGCCCCUGCUUCCUGCCUCUUCACGGGGGUCCUCAGGCCCCGAUGAGGAUCCAGGAAGAAGCUGCCAGUAUUCCUGACCCUGUUGGGGAUGGCUUAUCUUACCGAGGUCGAGUCCUCCUGGAGUUAACCACCCAAAUCAAGUCCCAUCAAGGCAGUACCAUAAAGGAUCUCUCCCACGAAGUGGCCAGGAUAGAGAAACACCAGAACCGCCUAAAGUAUGGGCUGUGUGUCAUCUUCCUGUCCUGUACCAUGAUGCCCAACUUUAAAGACCUCAUCCAGUUCGAGGUCAGCAUUGGCCACUACGGAAACAAGAUGGACCUGAAUUACAAGCCUCUGGUGUCUGCCACCCAGUACAGCCCUGUGAUAUACGAUGGCAACAUCUACUACUACAUCCCCUGGUACAACACCAAGCCAGUGGUGGCUGUGACAUCCAAUUGGGAGGACGUCAGCCUCCGAAUGCGUUGCCUCAACCUGCUCCAGUUCGCCAGGGACCGCCUGAAAGCCAACUUGGACACCCUGAGGUCCAUGCGUAACCCGAGGGACCCUGCCCUGCUCCCACAGUGGGAAAAGCUGCUGCAGGAGCUGAUGGAGGACUGCAGGCGCCCUCUGCCCUGCAUGACAGAUCAGCCCAGAGCCACUGACCUGGACAGGAAGAGGUGGGAGCUCCGCAGCCUCCUCCUGCAGGAGCUGGCCCAGAAGGCCAAGGAAGCCAAGCCCAGGGACAUGGUGCCCACCGUGGAGGGCUGGCUACGCCGUCUCAAUGCUGUGCUCCCCGAGCCCCAGAGGAGCCUCCCGGAUGUGAUGAUCUGGCUUAUAGCCAAGGAGCAGCGCGUGGCCUUCGCCCGGGUGCCCGCACACACCGUCCUCUUCUCCCCGGCGGGGCCCCUACACUCUGGCAGGUUCUGUGGGAAGAUCCAGACCCUCCUGCUGCAGUACCCAGAGGGGGAAGGACAGCAGAACGCGUCCCCAGCCCAUCUCCGGGUCUGCAUGUGGCUGGGCGACGUCACUGACAGCAGGGACCUGCAGCUGCUCCGCCACGGCGACCUGGUAGUGUACGCGGAGACGUAUGAGAAUCAGGCCAAGUACAAAGACCAGUGGGGACAGCAGGGCCUCUACCAGUGCCCCAACUUCUCAGACGUCAUGGGGCACAAGGCCCUCCCCAAGUCGGAGUUCAAGGCGCCCCCAGGGUGGCACUGGCAGGACAGCUGGAGAGUGGAGCCCCAGAGGAGAUUCCUCCUGGACAUAGACAUCAACAAGAGCCAGGUUCUGGAGGAGGUGUAUGAGAACCAGGACCGUGACAGCACAGGCACCUGGGUGCCCUCCGCUACUCCAAACACCGACGUGAAUGGACAUUCAGUACCAGCUCGGGACACGGUGACAUGCCCCAAGGGCUGGCAUUUUAAGAAGAACUGGGCUGUGGAACUCAAUCAUGCAGUGGACAGUGAGGGCUGGGAGUACGGCGUGGGGAUCCCACCAUCAGGACUGCCCCGGGUGUGGACCUCUGUGGAGAAGAACUACCACUCCUCUCGCCGGCGACGCUGGGUGCGCAUGCGCUUCCGGAACCACAAUGACGACGAGCUGAGCCUUGAAGAGCAGACCGUGUCCUUCCUGCAGAUGCAGGGGCUGGCUGAUGCGGGAGAGGAGGGCUGGGAGUAUGGCAGCCUGGGCUCCAGGUUCCACCUGGACCCGCAGCCCCAGAGCCGCUUCCGCCGCCGCUGCUGGCACCGCAGGCUGGCGCUCAACAUCGACACGGGCGUGGCGCCUAUAUUCCUCCUGGAGGGCUCCUUGGUAAGGUCCUGUGGGCUGAGCCACACCUACUUGCAGGAGCAGGGACCAACCCCAGUGGGCCACCGGCAGCUGGGGGCUGGGAGGACAGUGGCACCCAAAGGGGAGGCACGUGGCUUAAGGAGACCCAGGAAGCACUGGUUGGACCUGAAACAAAAACGGAAGAAGGAUGAGAGCAAGGCUCGGGCCUGGACUCAGGCCCAGGGGGACCAGCGGCUCCCCACCAUGCCCUUCAUCUACUACACCCUCCACAAGCCCCACUGCUACCAGCUCUUCUGCUACAUCUACCAGGCCCGGAAUCUGAUAUCCAAGCAGAUCGUUGCGUUCCAGGGGCCCUUUGUGCGCGUGGUCUUCCUCAACUACAGCCAGUGCACCCAGCACCGGCCUAGCUCUUCGGCGCCCACGUGGGCCCAGACGCUCAUCUUCCAGCACCUCCUGCUGCACGAGAGCCCCCAAGACACCCAGAAGAGCCCCCCACUUGUGGUGUUGGAGCUGUGGCAGCGCGAUGCGCAGGGAAAGGAGAGCUUGUGGGGACGGAGCAUGUGGCCCCCAGUGGUCUGGCUGGACCUGCGGGAUUGGAUGCUGCCGCCUCUACGGUGGCAUCCGCUUGUGAAAGAGCUGGGGGAGGAGGAGUGUGAGAUCUUCGCAUCCUGUGAGCUGAUCCUCGAGACAGAGAAGCUGAAAGAGAAGCACCUGCCUCUCUUAAGCAUUCCCUGGAAAGACGGGGCCUACACGCUGCCCAAGAGCAUCCAGCCCACAAUGAGGAAGACGGCCAUUGAGGUCCUGGCCUGGGGCCUCCGCAACCUGAAGCGGGCACGUUACCCCCAGCUGCUGGUGGAGUGCGGGGGCGAGUCCCUACAAACGGAGCCCAUCGAGGACUUCCUGGCCAACCCCAACUUCCCCGAGUCCGCACUGCUGCUUACAGUGUACAUGCCCAUGGAGGAGGCCUACACGCAGUCCCUGGUGAUGAAGGUGCUGGACAACCAGAACUUCGGGCAGCAGACUGUGGUGGGCCAGGCCAGUGUCGACUUCCUGCAGCCCUACUUCUGUGACCCCUGGGCGCCAGACUACCUGCCCCCACAGCUCCCAAUGCUGUCUGUGCAGAAGAACCAGAAGGUCAUAGGGUUCCUCUAUGACAAGUUCUGGUUCAAGCCCGGCAAAGCUGAGGAGGAGUAUGAGUACGAGUACGAGGUGGACUGGUGGAGCAAGCUGUUCUGGGCCACGGGAGAUGACAAGUCCCUGAAGUACAAGUACCAAAGCUACCACACGCUGAAGCUGUACGACUGCGAGCUGGAGGCGGUGCCAGCCUUCCAGGGCCUGCAGGACUUCUGCCAGACCUUUAAGCUCUACCAGGAGCAGCCCAAGGCGGACAGCCCUGUGGUAGGGGAGUUCAAGGGUCUCUUCCGCAUCUACCCCCUUCCUGAGAAUCCAGAAGCCCCCCAGCCCCCACGCCAGUUCUUGGCUUGGCCGGAGAGAGAAGACUUCCCCCAGCUGUGCCUGGUGCGGGUGUACAUGGUUCGAGCCAUCAACCUGCAACCCCAGGACUACAAUGGCCUGUGCGACCCUUACGUGAUCCUGAAGCUGGGCUCCACGAAGCUUGGCAGCCGGGACAAGUACAAGCCCAACACCGUGGACCCCAUCUUUGGCACGAUGUUCGAGCUUACCUGUACCAUCCCCCUGGAGAAGGACCUGCACAUCCAGCUGUACGACUUUGACCUGUUUUCUCAUGAUGAUGAGAUUGGAACCACAGUCAUCGACCUUGAGAACCGCCUCCUGUCUGGGUUUGGGGCACGGUGCGGACUCUCCAAGUCCUACUGCCAGUCAGGACCAUUUACGUGGCGGGACCAGAUGCCCCCGAGCUUCCUCCUGGAGCGAUAUGCCAAGCGGAAAGGGCUGUCUCCUCCGGUGUUUGACCCUGAGGGAGACUCUGUCUUAUACAGCGGGGAAAGAUUCACGCUGCAAAACUUUGAGUCUGAAGCCCCAACUGUGCCAGGUCUGGGCCCCAAGAAGGAACGGCUGGCCCUGUACAUUUUGCACACUCAGGGGCUGGUGCCCGAGCACGUGGAGACACGCACGCUGUACAGUGACAGCCAGCCAGGCGUCGACCAGGGCAAGGUGCAAAUGUGGGUGGACAUCUUUCCCCAGAAACUGGGGCCCCCCGGCCCCCCUGUCAUAAUCAGCACUAGAGAGCCUAAGAGGUACGAGCUGCGCUGCAUUAUCUGGAAAACCGCACAGGUGGACCUGGUGGACGAGGCACUCAGCAGAGAGAAGAUGAGCGACAUCUACGUCAAAGGGUGGCUGUUCAGUUUAGAGAAGGACAUGCAGAAGACAGAUAUCCACUACCACUCCUUGACUGGGGAGGCCAUUUUCAACUGGCGGUUCAUCUUCACCAUGGACUACAUGGCAGCAGAGCAUGUGUGCAUUGAGAGCCACAAGGAUUACAUAUGGAGUCUUGACCCUACAUCUACCAAGUUCCCGGCCCGGCUCAUCAUCCAGAUCUGGGACAACGACACCUUGUCCAGUGAUGACUUCCUGGGGGUCCUGGAGCUGGACCUGUCGGACAUGCCCUACCCAGCCCGGCAUGCCAAGCAGUGCUCUCUCCACAUGCUGGACACUGAGCCCAAAUGGCCCCACUCCCUCCCACAUGAGCGCAUCUCUCUAUUUAAGAAGAAAAUUGUAACUGGCUGGUGGCCCUGCCAGGUCCAGGAAGAUGACAAGUGGCGCCUAUCGGGCAAGGUGAAGAUGACACUGGAGGUCCUGUCAGAGAAGGAGGCCUUGACCAGGCCAGCAGGGCAAGGCCAGUCAGAGCCCAACCAGUACCCCACACUGCACCCUCCCCUACGUGCAAGCAGCGCGUUCAUGUGGCUGCGUUCUCCUAUUCGAACCCUGUGCCUCGGCCUCUGCAAACGCUACCGAUGCAAAAUCCUAACCUUCUUACUCUUGCUGGGCAUAGGGUUUCUGCUGUUCAAAUUUAUCUACUCAGCUCCGAACUACUUGGCCAUGAACUGGAUCCGCCCUGGUCUCCGGAUGCAGACGCCCAUUAAAAUAUAUAACCUCCUCACUUCACCCACUGUCAGCAAUGCCAGUCCUUCCCCCGCUGCCACCCAGGCUCCAAGCCUGCAGCCCUCCACAAACCACCAGCUGCCACUCCUCCAGGCUCCCAAUCAGCACCUGGAUGACAUCUACCCAGAACUUCCAACUCCCUAAGACUGAGGUCCCCAGACUGAUCUCAGUGUGUCUGCCUGGCUCUCCUGCCUGAUGUCAGCCGUCCCCUGGGCUUCCAGUAGCCCUGAUUCCGCUUUAAAGGACACGCACAAGGGGCAAGGUUAUUCUGCCUGUUAUGUCCACCGGGGCAAGCAGAGACAUAACUUCUCACUGAAAUAAACAUGUUUUG